UACAUCUCCAUGUGAGCGUGACUUUGGCGUGUAUGAACCAAUUUCAUUGCUAGAAAGACCGCUGUCUGUUAAUUUCAAAAAGGUUUCUGAACCAGAUUAAGAAGAAGGGAUGCUACCUUGAUCCGGUUUGUCAAACAAAAAGGAUUAUAUCACGUGAAACUUACAAUGCUGAAUGUGUAGCUAGGUACUGUGGAGACUUGGGUGUCGUCGCUGUGACCGGUGAAGAAAAAUGUAUUGUCUUUCGUAACUUACACAGGUCGAUUGAUUUGGCUGUUACUUGACUGAUCACUGUAUGCAGCGAGGAAUAUGUUCACGCUGAAUACAGUGAUUUAAAAGAAGUAUUUGAAGAAACGCAUGAUAUGCUAAAAUUGCUGCGGAUUAUUCAUGUUUUACCAAAUCCAAGAGCUGUAUGUCAAGGAUCGAAAGUCAGAGGGUUGGUCUUACAGUGUGAAGGUUUGCGCACUAUUCAUUCGUCCGGCAAGAUGAAAAGAUUCGCAGAGGAUAAUGGUGCAGCUGGUGAUGGGGAACGCGUCGAGAAGAAGCUGAAAGAAGCUGAAGACCAAAGUCAAGAGGAGAAAAAACUUCCUAAAAGAAAAGUGGUAUUGCUAAUGGCGUAUUCAGGCAAAGGAUAUUACGGUAUGCAAAGAAAUCCUGGCUCUGCCCAAUUCAAAACCAUUGAGGAUGACCUAGUGACAGCACUGGUGAAGGCAGGCUGCAUCCCUGAGAAUCACAAAGAUGAAAUGAAGAAAAUGUCUUUUCAGAGAUGUGCAAGAACUGAUAAGGGUGUUUCUGCUGCAGGUCAAGUGGUGUCUCUCAAGCUCUGGUUGAUUGAGGACAUUGUAAACAAGAUCAAUGCGGAGCUUCCAUCCCAGAUCAGAAUCUUAGGUUUCAAGAGAGUCACAGGUGGCUUCAACUCGAAAAACAAUUGCGACGCCCGGACCUACUCUUAUAUGCUUCCCACGGUGUCCUUCUCACCAAAGGACCAUAACCAGGAGGACUCGGACUUCCGCCUAGAAGCCUCCACGCUGGAAUGGGUGAACCGCCUGUUUGCCCGCUUCAAGGGCACCCACAACUUCCACAACUACACGUCUCAGAAGGGCCCGAGGGACCCCAGCGCCAAGCGCUACAUCACACACAUGACCUGCGGUGAGCCCUUUCUGCGACAGGGCGCCGAGUUUGCGGUCAUCACCGUGCGGGGCCAGAGCUUCAUGAUGCACCAGAUCCGCAAGAUGAUCGGCCUGGUGAUCGCCGUCGUGAAGGGUUACGCCACCGAGGAGCUGAUGGAGCGCAGCUGGGGCGAGGAGAAGGUGGAUGUGCCCAAAGCGCCCGGGCUCGGCCUCGUGUUGGAGAAGGUGCACUUUGACCGCUACAACAAACGUUUUGGAGGAGAUGGGCUCCACGAGACUCUGGAGUGGACUGAGGAGGAAGAGGCCAUCUCGAGCUUCAAAGAUGCUCACAUCUACCCCACCAUUGUGGAGACAGAGAGAGAGGAGAAGUCCAUGGUCAGCUGGAUGGCCACGUUGUCCAUUCAUGACUUUGAGGCAACAGCAACGGGAAAACAGGAAACACCAAGUGGAGACCAGGAUGAUGAUGGAAAUGGAUCGGAUUGAUUUUAACAAUCAUGGAACACAUUUUCUUUUCCUUUGCCUUUUAUCAGAUUGCAAGUACUUCUGAGCAAAAUGCAAGGUUUUUCAGUUUAGUGAUUAUGUUUUGAAUAAAUAUUUGGUUUUAAA